CCUUUGACACCUUUUAUAUAUACCACACGACAGUCCCUUCUGCAACUCAAUCACACUCUCUCUCUAACCUUCAUGGCUUCACUCUCUCUCUCUCUUACUAGGGUUUCUGUCCUACCAGAUUAAGUUCAAUCCACCGGAGUUUGUCGUAUUAUUGUAACGAUGGAUUCGGAUAACAAAUUCUUCAAUGUGGGUCUCCUCAUCGUGGCGACCAUCGUCGUCGCGAAACUCAUUUCGGCACUCCUAAUGCCCAGAUCUACCAAACGCCUCCCUCCGGCGGUCAAGGCUUUUCCGGCGAUCGGAGGGCUCGUCAAAUUCCUGAAAGGUCCGAUCGUGAUGUUGAGAGAAGAGUAUCCGAAAUUGGGUAGUGUGUUCACGCUGAAUCUGUUGAACAAGAACAUCACUUUCUUGAUCGGACCGGAAGUUUCGGCGCAUUUCUUCAAGGCGACAGAGUCCGAUCUGAGCCAGCAAGAGGUAUAUCAGUUCAAUGUGCCCACAUUCGGUCCCGGCGUUGUUUUCGAUGUCGAUUACUCGGUUCGACAAGAGCAGUUCAGGUUCUUCACGGAGGCUCUUAGAGUCAGUAAAUUGAAGGGUUAUGUGGAUCAGAUGGUUUUGGAGGCUGAGGAAUAUUUCUCAAAAUGGGGGGAUAGCGGUGAGGUGGAUCUGAAGUAUGAACUGGAGCAUCUGAUCAUCUUGACAGCCAGCAGAUGCCUAUUGGGUCAAGAAGUUCGUAAUAAGCUCUUUGAUGAUGUAUCUGCCCUCUUCCAUGACCUUGACAAUGGGAUGCUGCCCAUCAGUGUGAUCUUUCCGUACUUACCCAUCCCAGCCCAUCGCACCCGAGACCAGGCUCGGAAGAAGCUUGCAGCAAUUUUUGCAAACAUCAUAGCUUCUCGUAAACAGACAGGCAAGUCAGAGAAUGACUUGUUGCAGUGCUUCAUUGAUUCCAAGUACAAAGAUGGUCGCCCAACGACAGAGGGUGAGGUCACUGGCCUGCUUAUUGCUGCUCUCUUUGCCGGUCAACACACCAGUUCCAUCACUUCCACCUGGACUGGGGCCUACCUCCUCAGCAACAAGAAGUACCUUUCUGCUGUGUUGGAUGAGCAGAAGAACCUUGUGGGAAAGCAUGGAAACAAGGUUGAUCAUGAUAUCUUGUCUGAGAUGGACGUCUUGUACCGGUGCAUCAAGGAAGCCCUGAGACUCCAUCCCCCUCUGAUAAUGCUUUUACGUAGCUCACACAGUGAGUUUAGUGUAACAACCAGGGAAGGGAAAGAAUACGAUAUUCCAAAGGGCCACAUAGUCGCUACGUCCCCUGCUUUUGCCAAUCGACUCCCACACAUCUAUAAGGAUCCAGACAUGUAUGAUCCUGACAGAUUUGCUGCCGGUAGAGAAGAGGACAAAGUUGCAGGAGCAUUCUCAUAUAUAUCUUUUGGUGGUGGCAGGCAUGGGUGUCUUGGGGAGCCAUUUGCAUAUCUGCAAAUAAAGGCAAUAUGGAGCCAUUUGCUGAGAAAUUUUGAGUUGGAACUGAUCUCACCUUUUCCAGAGAUUGAUUGGAAUGCCAUGGUUGUGGGUGUAAAAGGAAAGGUUAUGGUGAGAUACAAGCGUCGAGAACUUCCAGUCUACUAACUGGGGCAUGCUAAAAUAUCUCCAUGAAUGAGGCAAGUUGAAAUUGAACACCUACAUGUUCUCUAAGUUAUGGUCUAGUGUUCAUUUUAGAACUGCUGUUACUCUCUCGAUUUGUCUCAAGUAGUCUUUUGACAUUUUUCAUUAUUCUCCCAUCUGCAGUUUGUCUUUGAAUUAGGUGUUCUAAUUUGUGUAGUGUUUUGUCUUCUUAUUAUAUUUGCAACUUUGAGCACAUUGGUUUUGUUUAAGUUAUUUUACCCAGCCAUGGGGGUUUUGAGUA